AUGGUAGUGGAGAACGACGUGACAAGUUCGCCACAAAAGAAAUUGGUCAGAAUGCAACAGGGUCGAGGACUUCCCGGUGGCGAGAAAGAGGAUGAAAAUGCCAGCGGCAGAUCGAAUCCGGUGUUCGCAUCAGCUUCAGCCACAUUUCCCUCAUCGUCUUCAGCUGCUGGAAAUGCAAAUUCCUAUUCAUAUGGUUAUCCGAUUGAUGAAAAUGAUCAUCGAUAUGUUGGUUUGGUGAAUCAAGCAAUGACGUGUUAUUUGAAUAGUUUGGUACAAAGUUUAUACAUGACACCCGAAUUCAGAAAUGCAAUGUAUGAAUGGGAAUAUAUCUCAUCAGGAAAGAAUAUUGCGCAGAAAAAGGGCGAAUCUAGUAUUCCUUGCCAACUUCAGAAAUUGUUUCUUCUAUUGCAAACCACGGACAAUGAAUCACUUGAGACUCGCGAUCUUACACAGAGUUUUGGAUGGUCGGCCAGCGAGGCCUAUGAUCAACACGAUGUUCAGGAGUUAUGCCGAUUGAUGUUUGAUGCGUUGGAGCAUAAAUGGAAGGGAACGAAACAUGAGAAAUUGAUACAGGAUUUGUAUCGGGGAACUAUGGAAGAUGUUGUGAAAUGUUUGGCGUGUGGAAAGGAGAAUGUUAGAACUGAUUAUUUUCUAGAUCUUCCAUUAGCUGUCAAACCUUUUGGAGCGACAACAGCAUUCAAGAGUGUGGUGAGUUGAAAUAUUUGAUGAAAAAUAUCGAACAUCGCGAUUCCGAAGUCGAAAAUUUCCAAAAAAUCGCUGUGAGCACUUUUCUGGAGCUCUAAAGUUAGUUCGCCCACUUUCACCUGGUUUUUGGGUGGAAAAUGAAUUCUUAAAACUUGGAUAAGGUUGUUCACCACAUUCGAAAACAUAUCAUCUUUUUAGUUUAUCAAAUGCACAAAACACUUCUGAAAACGUGUGUAUUUUCCAAGACUUUUUUUAAAAUUACAGUUUUCACCUGGUUUUUCAUAUUUUUUGAAAACCUAACAUAAAAAGCUGAUAGGUUUUCGAAUGUGGUGAACAAACUUAUCCAAGUUAUAAGAAUUGAUUUUCCACCCAGGAACCAGGUGAAAAUGGACGAACUAACUUUGGUGCUCCAGAAAAGUGCUCAAAGGAAUUUGUGGCAAUUUUUGACUUCGGAAUCGUGAUCAGCAUGAGCGAUUUUGUAUAUUUCGAUAUGUUUCAUCACAAUUUCAGAACCUAACUCUUCUUUUUCCAAAAAAAAAAUCCUUCCAGCAAGAAGCUCUGCACGCUUUUAUCCAACCCGAACUUCUCGACGGCUCCAAUCAAUACAUGUGCGAGAAUUGCAAAUCAAAACAAGACGCUCACAAAGGUCUUCGCAUCACCCAAUUCCCAUAUUUGCUGACAAUUCAACUCAAACGAUUCGAUUUCGAUUAUAACACGAUGCAUCGCAUCAAGUUGAACGAUCGGAUGACGUUUCCCGAUGUUUUGGAUUUGAAUGAUUAUAUUUAUCCGCCUGAAGGAAAUGGAGGGGAGGAGGAGAAGAAAAGCGAGGGAAUUUCGAUUGGGGGAAAUCAAGAGGAAGAGACUAUGGAAUUUGGAUCACCGCCAAGUGUAGGUGGCGAGAAUUUCAGCUAGAAAUUCUCGAUUUUUCACCCUCAAAAACCUAUAAAUUUUUCCAGAAAGCCCACAAACCCGAAGCCGAAAGUCCCGAAUUCGAACAAGAUGAAAAUGUCUACGAAUAUCAUGAAAACAGCGCGGUUCGAGUCGGCCAACGAAUCGAUCAAAAAUCAGUCGAUGAAUUAUUGCAAAAAGGCGAAAAUGUCUAUGAAUUAUUUUCGGUGAUGGUUCAUUCGGGAAGUGCUGCUGGUGGGCAUUAUUAUGCGUAUAUUAAGUGAGUUUUCUUUCCUAUGAACCGGGGAUUUUACGUUUCAAAAAAAUCUUGCAGAAAUCUCGAACAAGACAAAUGGUAUAGUUUCAAUGACACACGUGUCGAUUUCGCAAAUGUCGCUGAAAUCGAGCGAAGUUUUGGUGGACAUUCUGGCGGAUGGAAUGCGUCAAAUACAAAUGCUUACAUGUUGAUGUACCGGAAAAUCGAUAGAAAGAGGAAUUGCGUAUUUUUGCAUACCGAUAAAUUGCCAGCGCAUAUACAGGUACAGGAGAUGGGGAAAUGAGCCAUGGAUGUUCAAUUGGAAUAUGGGUAGAGUAAAAAAUGAGCUCUGUAUCUUUUCAAGCUCAAUUUUCAAGGUUCCCGGCUCAAAUUUUGGCAAUUUUCCGGGUUCCGAGCUCAAAAUGCUCUCUUGCUAGAUUUUUGGGUCUAUUUUCAGCUCAAAAUAUCGAUUUUCAAGCUCAAAAUUGGCCAUUUUUCACCAAUGUUGGCUCAAAACGCUCCAAUUCUUGCUCAAAAUUCAUAA